CGGCCAAAUACAAAUACACAAACACAAAAACAGAAUCCCUCCCUCAAUUAUUUCAACCGCCAUUCCUUCACUGCAACAGCAAACUAUUCAGAAGACUUCUCUGUAACAACAGACUAUGAAGAAAAUAAUACAAAUUCAAAAGAAUAUGGAGUACACAAAUUUGAAGCAGAUAUUGACAGACAAAAAAAACUCAAAAGUGAAAGUUAGAGUUUUACGAAUGUGGGAUGCAAUUAAUAUAGCAAACAACAAUGAUCUGAUUAGCCUCGAUAUGAUAUUGGUUGACAAAGAGGGAACAUUGAUACAUGCAAGCAUCAGAAAGAGUCUUGCUCAAAGUUUUCGUCCACAACUAAUUGAAGGGAGCAUAUAUACAAUUACAAAAUUCUUAGUAGAAGAAUAUAAAGGGAACUAUCGUCCAGUACAUAACGAUCUCAAAAUACAUUUUAAUUCAACAACUUCAGUCACAAAAUUCAAAGGAUUUGACCAUUCAAUACCUCAGUUCCAAUUUGAAUUUGCUGAUUAUGGAACAAUAGCUUCCCGUUGUUAUAACACAACUUACUUAACUGAUGUGAUUGGCAUAUUGGACUACAUUGGAGCCAUUGAGGAGAUCAAAACAAGAGGGCGUCCAACAAAGAUAAGAAACAUUCAACUGUUGUUAGAAGAGAACAAAUCUGUUCAAACAACUUUAUGGGGAAAUACUGCACAACAAAUAGAUGAUGAUUUCUACAAAACAAAUAAAGGGCCAUUCAUAGUAAUAGUGACUUCAACUAUAGUGAAAACUUUUAGAGGUAACAAUUGA